CUCUAAUGAAAUUAAAAACACUAUCCGAUAUAAAGCUAGAAAGUAUACAACUCGGUGGAGUGCCAGCACUGCUAGCGACCAAAACAUUUCGUUCUCAGAAUCGGUUUAUUGCAGCGCAAUUAAAGUAGAUAAGUUUGUUGUGGCCAGUGCUACAGUGCAUCGCCACAUCCAACAUCCAACCAUCCUCGCCCCGCCGCCUCCUCUGACGAAAUGUCACAAGUUUAUCUGCUGCCGGUGGCUACGUUCCUGGUUUUCCAGGUCACUUUUAUUGGCACGUACAUUUUUGCCGUGUUGGAGGGCCAUGUGGUGCCCACGGUCCCCUACAUCAGUGAUGCAGCGACUUAUUCGCCCGAGAGCUGCGUUUUCGGGCAGCUGAUCAACAUCGGCAGCGUUCUGUUGGGAAUCACAAUUUACGUGCGCUACCGUCAGGUGCUGCAGCUGUACGAGCACCACCCGGAUCUGGACGCCUCGGUGCUCCGGCACAACCGUCUGGCGCUGUGGUUCGGUCUGGUGUCCUGCCUCGGCAUCAGCUUCGUCGGGAACUUUCAGGAGACGAACGUGCGGAUUGUGCAUUUCAUCGGAGCCUUUUGCUGUUUUGGCUGCGGCGCCCUAUACUUCUGGAUGCAGGCGCUGAUCUCGUACCUGAUCUUCCCCAUGGCAGGAACCCGCAUUUACGCCCACCUGCGCCUGGGCAUGUCCGUGUUCUGUACGAUCCUGUUUAUCGUGCUGGCCGUCACCGGUGUGAUGUCGCACAUCCUGUUCAAGGGGCAGAAUCCGCGGAAGUGGUAUCCCUCGGACGGCGGCUGGUACUUCCACGUGAUAAGCUCUAUUUCGGAGUGGAUCCUCGCCACCAUCUUCAGUUUCUUUAUCCUCUCCUUCACCCAGGAGUUCCGCGACGUGUCGUUAUCGCAUCCGCAAAUCGCCUUGAUGUCCUACGCGACCACCAUCUAGAGUGUAGCCUGCUGGCUUAAGAGCGGAAAGCUUGGGCUGGACUAGCCAGUAAUUCCUUGCAAACUUCUACAUUUAGUAUACAAUCCUGGGCGGCAAGGGCAAGGGUUGUGAAGAUGAUGUGCUUGUCCGGGAUACGCACUGCGACUGCCUUCUCUCUUUCUGAUGCUCUGUCUCUGUCGGAUUGCUGUGAUAUGUUCAAAGUGAUUCCCAAAGCUAGGGAUUAGGUCGCGCCGAACGGGGGCAGUGGCUAAUGGAGGAGUUACAUUUAUUGUUUACCCGAGUUCGUUUUCACAUUACUCAUUACACAUACUAAAUCGAACUAACCGGUAGAAAUGAUCUGUAAAUCUGUAAAAUACAAAAAAGUUAAAUGAA